GCACCGCUACCGCAGCACCCUCACGAAAAGCAGGGGCUCGGCCGCCACCCCUGAGGAGGCGGGGUCUGCCGCGGAGACUCCAUUUCCCAGCAUGCAGUGUGGCGGGGCGGGGCUCGGCGCUGCCCGGCGCGGGGAGCGGCGUACGGCGGCCGGGAGGGCGGCGGCCACGGCGGGAUGGAGUCGGUGGUCUUCAUCUUCUCGCUCAUUGACAACUGCGCUCUCAUCUUCCUCUCCGUCUACUUCAUAAUUACACUGUCAGAUUUGGAAUGCGACUACAUUAACGCUAGAUCAUGCUGCUCAAAACUCAAUAAAUGGGUGGUCCCUGAGGUGAUCGGCCAUGCUGUUGUAACUGUAUUAAUGCUUAUUUCAUUGCACUGGUUCAUCUUUCUCCUUAAUUUGCCCGUAGCAACAUGGAAUAUAUAUAGGUACAUUAUGGUGCCAAGUGGAAACAUGGGGGUAUUCGAUCCCACAGAGAUCCAUAACCGAGGACAACUGAAAUCGCACAUGAAGGAAGCCAUGAUCAAACUCGGCUUUCAUCUGCUCUGUUUCUUCAUGUACCUUUACAGUAUGAUUCUGGCUUUGAUAAAUGAUUGAGAAGUUGAAAAAGAACUAUUAGCUGCCAAAUUGGGUCAUCACUCCUGUGACUGGUUGUGGAGCGGCAGACACCUUGCGAACGUACCUAGAUCAGUGUCAUCAUGCAGUAUAUUUUUCCUCUUUGAACAAGAAGUAUUUUUCUGUAUUUUUAACAUAAAAUAUUUUCAAAAGACA